CAGUAUGGGUGCUGUCGUUGAGCGCAGCGUUCAAGGCCUUCUGACAGUGAUGCACCUUCCUCAAAGUCUCGCUGCUGCCUCAGUCGCAGCCUCGAUCCUCCCUCUUGUCUUACAUCAUGACCGCUUGUCCCGCCAACAUCAAUGAAUUCCUCACCUUCCUUCCCCAACAACACAAGCCACCUCCAAACUCGACGAGUUCUGCAGACUCGGAUUCCUACACCCCCCUCGAACUCGUCCCUCCAGAGCACCGCUUCAUCUCCUCCCAGCUAUACCCCAAUCUCCUCCUAAACCUGAAAGACAUCAUCGGUGGAGUGGUCAAUGACCUCGGCGUUGGCGACGUGUCGUGUCAGUCGAUGCAGGAUGCCUUGGACGAUAUGGCAAUGGUGUCUUUCCGGACGGAGCGCCAGGUGAGCGAGUAUGGCGGCUAUGUCGCUGAAGUGGUGCGACCUGUCGUCAAGGGUCUCGCAGGUCGCAUAAUCAGUGUGCGCCACCAAGCUGUCGGUAUACUCCAAGGGUCCCAGAUAGGCUCCUUCAGUUUUACUAUUGGACGACGGGACAAGACCGAGGACGGUCGGUUUCAUUGGGUGUCACUAAACGCCUGUGCCGAUAUGAAUGUGGCGCAUCCGGUGUUGCUCGCACAAGCGGAAGCGUUGAGUAGGCCAUUCAGUCUUGAUGCUACUCGCAAGCAAACUGGUGCGAAGGCCAUGGUCGUGAAACUUGCAUUGCAGAUGGUAGCUGCAAACACCGAGUUUGGGUUUUUCUUUGGUGGAUAUAUCGCGAUUGCUGCACAGCUUGUAAAGUCUACAGACCCCUCUCGUUUGGGACUCAUCCUCCUGCUUUCGCCUGCGUUCAGACUUUCCAAUGAGGCCCUUCCAAUCCCAGAAACGCUCACGCCGUUUCAGGCUACCAUACAACCCGAGCCGUUCCUUGCCAUACUCGUCGCUAUGUUAUGCGCCAAUCUGGUUCCUGGACAUGAGGUCAAGAGCCCGCCUGCUGCUUUUUACCAGCCUCUGCCAUAUAAAGAAGAUGAACACGACUCAGGUGAUAAUGACGAAGAUCGAGAUGGUAUCCCUGCGUGUUCUGUUCAAGUCGGAACCAAUGCUGUAUGAUAUUGCAGCAUCCGUGGUUGAACUGUAGCGACAUACACCGUAUAUCUAUCAUCGGAAACCCACCUCAACGUCUUUUAAAUUUAGAUGUGCAGAACAUCCUAGCACCGCGGAACCUAAUUCGUGCUCCCCGCAUUCCGUCAAUAGACGUUAACACGGUGACUCUUCUCGAACAGAUUCGAGCGAGUAGAUGGAGCA